AUGAAAGGAGCAUUGAAGCUCAUAUCAAUGAAAUGUCUACAGAGAUGCUUAAGCUUCUGUGGGAGAUGAAGGAGCAAUUCCUUGUAGAAGCUGAUCGCAGAAUGGUCACAGAGCUGGAUCGAAUGGCAACGAAGAUGGUUCAAAGAGCAUCUAUGUGUGACUUAAAGGACUGCUGCCAGAGGGCAAUCAAUGCCUGCCUGGAUGAUUCAGUAAGACGAGGACUCAUUAGGGAUGCAGCAAUUCUACUGCUGCCUUCCAUUUUCAGAGAGGACUCAUCUUUUCUAUACACUCUACUGGAGGAGCCAAGCGUGCCUACUCCAGCAAUCAUGCUCCAUAACACACACGAGGGGAACCCUUUGCAGGCACAAAGGAUAACCCUAUACCUGGAUGGUAUACAGGUUUUGACUGAGGACAGCAGCAUGGACAUAUCAUAUGCUAUGAGUGCAUUAAUGUCACUCUAUAUUGUUUUUGCUGUCCAGUACCCAAAGGAACUGAGAAAAACUCUUAUUUUCAUUGAAAGAUUUGUGUUGAGGAUCAAGGACCACAGUGUUGUACCCAUUUCAGUGAAGAGACUAGUAGUGAGUAGAUGUGUUGCAGCAUGGGAUUUCAUGCUUUAUGUUCUUGUUAAUGGUCAAAUUCCUGCUGCUGCCCUUUGUUUGUACAUAUUGAUAAAAAAAAAAUCCCUUAUUUAAUACAUAUUUUGGACCAAUACAUUUUGUUUGAUUUUGGCAUAGUGACGUCUCUAGAUUUCCAUUAUUGUUACAAUACGUAACAUUUUGAGUACUUGUUACAUAACACUGAAAAGUAUUUCAACAUUAUUUAAAUCAAUGUGAAAACUUUGUGGGAUUCCCUCACUUUCUCAUGAU